AUGCUAUUUAUAUCUAUCUAUCUAUCUAUCUAUCUAUCUAUCUAUCUAUCUAUCUAUCUAUCUAUCUCUUUGCGUCGACACAACGUAAUCUAUCUAUCUAUCUAUCUAUCUAUCUAUCUAUCUAUCUAUCUAUCUAUCUAUCUAUCUAUCUAUCUAUCUUUGCAGAGGAUAGGGUCGUUUAGCCGAGUACGAAUCACUUACUACUCUAUUUCAGAUACGACUUUAAAAAUCUAUCUAUCUAUCUAUCUAUCUAUCUAUCUAUCUAUCUAUCUAUCUAUCUAUCUAUCUAUCUAUCUAUCUAUCUUAGUCUCUUUCUAUAAAUCAGGUGUAGAAAAUAUAUUCUUCAUGCUAUACUGUAUUUGUACUUCUCACAAAAAUGAUACCAAAUAUCUAUCUAUCUAUCUAUCUAUCUAUCUAUCUAUCUAUCUAUCUAUCUAUGUACACUUUGGAAUACCAGUUAUCCGAAAAGAGAAGAGCCUUAAAAAAUUUAACACACCACUUGUCAAUUCUGUCUAUCUAAAUCUGGAUCUAUCUAUCUAUCUAUCUAUCUAUCUAUCUAUCUAUCUAUCUAUCUAUCUACGACGGAUUUCUUGUCUUCUUUGCUGGUUAUUGGGCACAUUCAUUGCUGUCUCCUCCCACUUAACUGCUUUUUAUGACAUUCGAAAGUUUAUUUCUCACUUGAACGCCAGCUCACAUCCUCCGACUCCUUACCAGCAAGGCAGAGCGACUUGA